CAACGGCCUCGGAAACCAUUCUGGCAGCGCGGAGGAGGCUUCAAUCAAGAAUGUGGACAUUUUCGAUACGCCGGACAGUCUCACAGGCUCUGUGGACCGGACUGUCGAUACCGAGUAUCUAUAGCUAAGUUUUCGGAGGCGCAGGGUGAGAUGCACAGCCCCCAUCACUAGACCGAGAAGUGAGUGCUUACAGCGUUGAACGCAUCGGAGAGAACGCCUAGGCCCCUGUGUACAAGGUGAGGUAAGAGUAUGUAUACAAUACCUAUUGGUGCAAUCUACCUGGCUCGACAAGGGGUGUUCACUCCAGUCACGCUGUACGAAGUACUUUCAGAACUUGACAUCGCUGAAUCCGACUCCGAGACAUCGUCAAUACGACCGCGCUGCGGAUCCUGGCGGAAGAAAGUCACGGCCUUCUCGACCGACAACCAUCGAUCAGGCCAGAAAGUAAACAUCAAUCAACCAUCAACCAACGACAAUGAAGAUCUUCCACCUCUCCGUGCUUCUUAGCAUGGCUGUCGUUAGGACCAUGGGGAUGUGCGCCGAUACUCCUUGCUGCGCGAGCUGCUACUACGGCGGCCCGGGCAACCCCAACAACUGCCAAGCGAGCAACUGCGGCAAAUACGUUUGCAACGACAUGCAGCCUUGUGGUGGUCAAAAUGACAUUUGCGAUCCAGAUAUGCGACCCGGAAUGCAGGGCUACGCGUACUG